GGAAACCGGAGUGCCCGGAGGAAACCCACGCAGGCACGAGGAGAACAUGCAAACUCCACACAGGCGCGUCCGGGAUUGAACCCAGGACCUCAGAACUGUGAGGCCAACGCUUUACCAUCUGAUCCCACCGUGCUGCCUGCUUUCGUGUUUGCCUCACCUCAAUAUUUUCAUCAACAGUUUUCCGGAAUGACGUCUAUUGCGUCACUCUCGCCCAACAUGGCGGACACGAAAAACACAAACAUGGAUUCCAGUAAGAGUAAAGCUUCUCCUAAUGCGCAUAGACGACGCGCCGAAGAAGAUUCUCAGAGAAAAGACCAACAUAAAGACAAGAAAGAUGGACCUGAAAGCUGCACUACCGCGCAGUAUUGUGAAAAGCUGCAGGCGUGGAUGUGUCAGUACUCCACCGGCUAUGUGACUUGGCAGAGCUGGCUGGCGGCGUCGGCGGCUAUGUCCCACCCGUCUGCGCUUCAAUCGCACAACGGAACGUCGACGCCACGUCUCGAGUCCAACGGGCAGUAUUUCGGUGCCGCGUUUUCGCCCAACGCGCCUGCUUCGGGCUCCCAGAGUAGUCGACAAGGUGACGCCGCUGCCGCCGCCGCCCCCGCCCCCGGUGGGGCUGCGGUGCCGACUCGGCCGCAGCAGCUGCCACAGGAGAAUGGAAAUGCGCGGAGGCCAGGUCGAGAGUACACGAUCCCCUCGCCUCUCCAAAGACUCCUGGCUGAAAUCGUGGAUUUCUUCAUUCUGUUCUUCAUUAAAGCGACCAUUAUUAUUAGUAUUAUGCACCUGAGUGGAAUCAAGGAUGUGUCUAAGUUCGCCAUGCAUUUUAUCGUGGAUGAAAUCGACGAGGAAACGUCGAUGGAGGAGCUGCAGAAAAUGAUGCUGGUUGCUCUUGUGUACCCCAUAUUUGUGUGUUUUUACGAGAUUGUGUGUAUUUGGGGAGCGGGAGGAGCCACCCCAGGAAAAUUCCUGAUUGGACUUCGAGUUGUGACGUGCGACUCGUCGGUUCUGGUUCAGCCCAACCGGGUCCUCGUGGUGCCGGCAACCGACGUGUCGCUGUCUGCAUCAACUGUCCGAGCCCUCAGCAAGAACUUUUCGAUCGCGUUCUUCUUCCCGGCUUUUGUCACGCUUCUGUUCUUUCAGCACAACAGGACUGUGUACGACAUGGUCGCCGGCACCAUUGUUGUCAAGCGCUCCAGGGUCAGAUGACCCAGAUGUGCGGCACCACCGCUUUGCAAAGCGCACCGCAUCAAGUGUUAGAAACUAAAAUCUGUGCUGGACUCGAGUCUGGUGAGUGUGCAUCAGGGCUCCGUAACGAGGCCAGAAAGGGUUUCUUUAUGGAUCAGUGUGCCACAACCUGCAUUUUGGUUCGUGUCCGAGCGAACGGCUGCAUGGAUCCCUGUGCGAAGUUCACAUCUCUUAAAAUAUGAUGGUGGAAUGAGAUCUGCUCUUUGCAUAAACACAUUUGCCUCUUUUUCCAAUCAUGUUUCAGAUCAGGGUUGACUUUGUUUGUUCGCGCUAUAUUUAAGUUACUAAUCCGCGUAUUUAUAAGAUGAUAGUCCAAGUAUUUUUUCUUCUUCUGUGUAUUAAAUAAUUUGAAACGUUGGGCCUUUGGACUAUGCUCAGUGUUUCAGGUGCUCAAGUAGGCUACAGUUGUUUAUUCGUCAAAGGCACAUUCAGUGUAUUAAAAGUCGGAACGCUUCCUCAUCUUAGCGUGUCCUGGUCAUCCACGUGAUUAAAAAAAAAAAAAAAAAAAAAAA